UGUGGCCGUAUGUGUGGGGGCUUGUCCGUGACACGGAGUCGUUCUCUAGUGACCGGGGCGAGGCGGUGGUCAGUGUGGUGCCGGAGGAUACUGAUCAGCGGCGGCUGGGAGCUUGACCAGGUCGGCUGCCGGGCCGCGCGGCCUCUGUUGAUGACCGACCCGACCCGGGCCGAGCCAUGGUGCCGCCGGGUCGGCUCAUGACCUGGCUGGUGGGGCGCCAUGGCCGGCCGCCCGCCGCCGUCGGCGCCGCUGGCGCUGCUGCUGCUCUCUGUCCUGCUCAGUUCGUCUGUCGGAGGCGGCACCUGCCCGCCGGUGGUCUGUAUGUGUAGCUGGACUGAGGGACGCGGCUCGGCCGUCUGUGUGAACGGCUCCCUGACCGAGGUGCCCCCCGGACUGUCCACCGGGACCACAGCGCUGCAGCUGGACGGGAACCCGCUGCAGGUUCUGACUGCCGGCUCGUUCCUGGGUAACGGCCUGGCCGGCCUGCAGCGUCUCCAGCUGGCUCGCUGUCAGCUGGGCCACAUCGACCGGAGGGCCUUCUCGGGUCUGGCCUCGCUGGAGACCCUCGACCUGAGUCACAACGUGCUGCUACUAGUGCCGGCCGACGCGCUCUCCCUGCUACCCGGCCUGCGGAGGCUGCUGCUCGACCGUAACCCAAUCCGGCGGAUCAGCGACGGAACGUUCGAGGAGCUGACGCAGCUGGAAGAGCUGUCCCUCUCCAACUGCGGUCUGGAGGAGCUGCACGUUGGCGCGUUCCGCGGCCUGGCGAGGCUGAGAGAGCUGAAACUGGACGGUAAUCGGCUGACCACGCUGUCAGCGGGAACCCUUGAGCCGCUGGCGGCCGUGCGUCAGGUGCUGCUCAACGAUAACCCGUGGUCGUGCGACUGCCGCGUGAGGCCGCUCAAACAGUGGCUAGACAGACUGCGGCCGUCGCAGCCGAGAGAGGCCCGCUGUGACGAGCCGCUGCGGCUGCGAAACUCUACGUUCAGUGUCAUCCGGCUGGGACAGUUCUCGUGUCCACCAGUGAUGCGUCAGGGAACUCGCCGUCUCACCGCCUGGGCGGGGGACAAUGUAACGCUAUCGUGUUCGGUGACUGCCUCGCCGGAGGCAGUAGUGGUCUGGCUGUGGCGCGGCAAACUAGUCACCAACGGAACGGGUUUACUGCACGGCAACACGCGCUUCCACGUGUACGAGCACGGCCACGAGGAGAAGACCAGCAUGCUGACCAUCGAGGACGCCCAGUCGGCGGCGGCCGGGCAGUACACGUGCGAGGCGCGCAACUCGGCCGGGCGGGUUAGCCGGCUGGUUAGUGUGGGGGUGGCAGAGCGGGACUCUGCGCCCCAUCUAACACUGAGACUCGACCACGGUGUGCUCGCUGGCGUACUGGCUGCCGGGCUGUUGUUGGCCGUCGCUGGCUGUCUGUGUUUGUGUCUGGUGUGCGCACGGGCGCGACGUGCGCCGGCGUCAGCGCCGACCACCGCCCAGCCGGCUCCAGAAGCCAACCAUAAGAACGGUGCUAGUGUUGCUAAUGGACGGCCAGCCGGCGCUGGAGCAGCACAGAUGACGCCGGCGCCUGUGCAGACGGUGGUGCACGCGAGGCAGACGAGUCCGACCGCCACCCGAACAGAAACUGUGCUCCAGCCGCCGGCUCCGGCCGCUCCUGCGCCCGCUCCGGCUCCGGCUGCGGGGCCACCGGUGGCCACCAUACCUCCGGAGCCAGCCGGCUGGGCGCCGGACGUUCGCGCCGUACAGGCGGCCAGCGGGGGUCGAGGCGAGCCGUGGCCAGUUGAACUCGUGUAUGCGCCCGGCUCUGGCAGUGCCGUGCCACUGGUACACACAUGUGGCAAACGCGGCGGCAGCCUGCGCUCCUCGCGGCGAGCGGCUGCCGGUGGCCACUGGAGAGCGGGCUCCGACUCGGGGGUCCUCCCUGGCGGUGAGCGGGAUGUGCGGUUCAACUCGCUGCCGCGCUGCGGUACCUCGCGGAUGGUGUCCCGGACUCCGGCCAACCUGUCGCCGUUCUCGGACCUCACCGAGUCGUCCAACAGCCCGGCGCCGAGCCCGGAGCCGGUGCCGUGCGAGCCGGAGUCGGGACGGCGCUCGGCAGCGUCCCGCAGCCGCCGGCGCCGACACCAGCGGCCCAGCCUGCCCAGCUCGCCGGUGCUGUCCGGCGGCGAGCUGGACGUCCCGGACGGCGGCUCGCAGCUGGACCCGUACUCGUACCACGCCGUGCAGCUGGACCGGUACCUGCAGGAGUACCGCUCGCUGCAGGACCAGCUGACGGCCAUGCAGCAGAGCUGCCACAGCCUGCAGCAGCGGCCGGCUGGCCGGCAGCGGCGCAGUCUGCCCUCGGUCCGACCCGACGCCGACGAGCCGGAGCCGCCGCCGCCGCCGUCGCCCACCGUCAGACAGCUCAAACCGAUCCUCAAGAGCCACGACCACGUGCCGAGUGCCGCGGACCCCCUGGCGCCACGCCGCGCGCCCCAUUUUGCCCCCACGAACACCUACUUCUCGUACAGUGAGAGCUAGCCGGGCGGCCGCGGCCCGCGCUGCAUGUGUGGACCUCAGGCUUCCAGAGACUUCCAAGCCGCGGCGAGAGGUGGUGGUCCACAGUCCACGACGCAUGUGGACCAGCAGGCGUCGUGGGCUGAUUUGUUGUUGCUUGACGAACGGGGCGAACUCGAAACCCAUCCUCGCAGGAGACGGGCUGGUCAGAGUUGAAAUCACCGGUGCCGCGGCCUAAGUUUGUUGGUAAAAUGUUGUUUUGACCUGCACCAGUGCAGUGUUUCCCAUUGCAAACAUAGCACGGGAGUGGGCCAUGUUUUGGUGGAUGUCUCCUGUUGUUCAUGUUGACAUAUCUAAGAAUGAGUGCACGGUAUUAGAAUGGACGCUAAUUGAACACUCAACAGAGUAUCUGUACAAUUUAUGUUUGUACAUAGUUUUGAAGAUAGUUCUAGCUUAAAAAUCAAUAUGUGUGUACCAGAAGUGCUACUACCUAUAGCUUACUCCAGCUCUGGCUACGAGGCAAAGAUUGUUCUUUCACAGUUAUGUCGUUUUUAUAAAUAAUGUCUUGAUUCUUGACCAUGGUUAAUAAUUAAAUUAUUCGUUUAUAUGACGUAAAUUAUCACACGACGAAUGCGUGUUUAAGGAUUAUCUGCGUGGUAUAUUUUAUAUUUGCUUUUUUACCUUUAAUUCAUUACCUAUAGGUAUAGGUAUGUUAUGCGGGAACAUACGCAAAUCAAUAUUUUAACUGAAGUAGGUACUGCGACGGGCGAAAAGGGUGAUAUCCCUAUGUCUUUUACAAACGUCACAUAAAAUCCUUAUCUUGUGAGAUUUACCGCAUUGCUUUAAAUAUAAAAAAGGAAAGUAAGCGAGACAUGCUCACGUGUAGCCAGUAGAUAGAUAUGUACAGGUAUUGCCACCGUCUACAGAGCUGCUGCUCACCUAUAGAUCUUGUUAUUUGUUACGUGAGUUUGUACCGUGUAUAUUAUGUGCGACAGGCCAAUAGCUGUUUGUAUUUCUGCUUUAGACCAUCCGGUCCCCUAGACAUCAUCACCUCAUUAGAAACCGUCUCUGUUUCAAUUAGUGCGCAAUAGAGCUUUAGAAAGCAUUAAUAUAUUGAAAG